CUGCUUGCUGCUGCUGGGGAGACGCCCUCCAGAAAGAAAAUGCCAUGGCUCUGCAGGCUCUACCUCCACCUCUGAACUGUGUGGACCGAGGUCACAGCUGAAGCAGGACAGGUUCUGUUGAGCCCAGAUGGAUGACUUUGAAUACAGCUUGGAGAUCAGCGACCGAGACUGGGAGUGCUUCUUUGUGGAGUGUGAGGAGUGCAACCUACUUCCUCCUUCAAUAGCACGUGUGGAUGACUCGGGGAUGAGUGAUUUUGAUGACACUCUUCUCACCCAGAGAGCUCGAAGAGUUUGCCCAACGCUGGGCUCCCCAGUAAACAACCCCCUCGUCGACGGCCCCCUAAAGCGCAGUGACUCUCCUCCUGCGGCGCAGUGCUUUGAGACAAAAGAGAGCGGCGGAUUUGACAGUGUCCUCUCUGGCAGUGAGGAGGACAUACACCUGCAGUCUGUCAACAUAUUUUUUGAGCGGCUUAAAGGUCCAAAUGAGACCGAGCCAGACAAAGAGAGAGCUGGAAACAACAGAGAGGCAAAACAAGGGGAGCACCAAGUGAGUGCAAGCACUCUGCCAAAAAGCAGCACUAAGUGUAGCACGCUGCCUGAUGGAGUGGAAAAAGCAUUUGGCAAAGAGAGCCAGAGUCCUGUCGACCCCAUCUGGAACAUCAACACAAUGAAAACGGAUACAGCCGGGUCCAACUUCUUCUCAGAACCUGAAACCUGCAGCACCUCUCCCCUGAGCUUUUGCAAAUCACCUGAAACAGAUUUAUACAUAACAGAGGGCGACUUCACUGACAGUGUGGUCGAUGAGUUUGCGGGGAGCAACCCGCUCCAUGACUCAACAGAGAGUGUCGUUGGCUCAGACUCAAGAGCUCAGCCCUGCAGAUUGGAAAUGUGGAGGAGCAUGGACGACGUCAAGCAAGAUACGCCGACAAGUCCGGAAAGUUUCUGCACAAAGUGGAGCUACAGAGAAGACAAGAUGUCGUCUCCUGAGGGGACUCAGUUAGUCUCCCUGAGGAGGAAGCGGAGACGGAAGAGACGACUCAGUCUGGAAGCAGGUGAAGGUGGACAUCCGUGUGGGAGGCACUCAAAGGAGGACCAUUUGAUGGCAAAAGAAGGAAAACGUCUGUUUUUGUCGACGGAGACACUCGAUUUAAAAGAACAUAAAAAUCUCACGUAUGUUCUCACUCCGAAUCCCGCCACCAUCAGGUUCCCAGAGAAUUUCUCUGCUCAGGAGAUAAAAAUUGAGCUCUCACUCUCUGUUUCCCCAAGUGACAAUCAGUGCCAACCACUCCAUCAGGAAGCAUGCACAGGCAGCAAUUAUUUAACCAACCACACACCCAAACCCCCUUUGAGUCAAAGUGAUGACACUACUAAUAAUGCAGCAAAUUCAAAACCAAACGGUGAGUUUCAGGUUACAGAAUCCCCCGGUUUGAUUGGAAAUCAUCCCGACUCGCCAGUUUCAGCCUCUAAAGUGGAAACAGAAAAGUCAAAGGGUCAGAAGCAGGAAGCGAAAUCUGCCGAUCUUCCGCCGUCUGAUGAAAGAAAUGUGUCAGCCAGUGACUGUAAAAAUGAACAACAUGCAAAACAUCCACCAGCGGAGGUCAAAUCAGUCACCCGUUUACCGUGUGCAGAGUCAUGUGCUCCUGCCAUGGAAGUUGUCCAAAAAGGCAAACUAUCCACUGCUAAGUCAGACCUGGCAGCUGAGGCUGGAAAUUCUGGCCUGGAGAAACGCACAGUGUGUCAAAGUGACUUUGAGCUGGAAAGUGAUGGUCAGAUCACAAAUCAAAGUGGCACUACACUGGAAGAGACUCCCUUUUCUGUGCACACAACUGGAGGGAUCACUUCUGAGCCCGGGGCAUUCCAAGAUGAGACUUUGGAUGAAGUAAUCCGUACUUAUCUAACAUCAGAGCACAUUAAUAAGUCAGCUAACAAAAGCUACUUGUCUGGAAGUGUUUCUGGUCUAGACAUAGAACAACAAACAGAUUCUAUAGAGCUUCUAACAACAAAUAUUGUCUCAGAGAAACACGAAAAUGUACAAAUAUCACCAAUUUCAAACUCAAGGAGUGACAUUCAGAUAGAAACCGAAGCUUCCCAAAAUGAAAACUUACAAACAACUCCUCCACACCUGUCAUGUCGCCCCACUCUGGACUCUGGAGUAGGCCUUUCACUUUCCAGUGAAAACAAGUUUCCAGUUUUUUGUUCAGCUGUUAAUGAGCAUGAAUCUGUUCAAGAAGAAAAAGAGCAGCAAAACCUCUUGGCUGAUCAGGAAACAAACCGUACAUUUGCGUGUAAAGAGAAUGAAGUCGUCACUGCAUCUAAAGAUGUGGAUAAACCAGGCAGGAUGUUGAAUUCUGUGUUUGCAAUGUCGUCAUUCUGGAGGGAGAUGGAGAAGCUGACGAUAAACGACAUAUUGGGCUUACGAAAUGCAGAUGAACCUGUUCUUCACGGUUUACUUCCAGCUGUAACAGAAAGCGAGGAAACAGCGGUUGAUUCAGGCAUUUUUAUUGAAGAGGAUGAGCCCAAUCCGGAAGAAGCCACUGAAGAAGUCCAUGAGGUUGUUUCCUCAUCUUCACGAUCUGUUACCUGGCAGAGUGAUCCUGUGCUGGUCAGUCAAAAUCCAGAAUCAGGUCCAGAGAGCAUGAUGUUGGAAUGUGAGACUGAUUCCCAACCUGUGCUCACUGAGAGGCCUCAGAAAUGCCUUAAAAAGAUAUCAAAAACAGUCAGUGUGCACAAUUUGCCAGCCUUGGAAUCGGAUUUGUACAGCUACACAUGCAAAGGUGAUGGAUUACGAGUCUUAGAAGAACAAGAAACAGAAAACCUGACCUUUGCAGACAAUGGCACAUCGAAAAAAGACACAACUUUCCCUUCGUCCUCUACAAACACCUACAGGAUCUCGUUCACAGACAUAUUUCAGUACUUCUUUGGAGGAAAACAGUCCAUUUCCAGCCAGCCAGCAAGAGAAGAUACAACCACGCUCUACACCAGUGGAAACUCGAUCCCUGAAACUUACGAUCAUUUCUUUUCAGAGUUUGACAGUGAGAGCUUCUUCUACCCUCUCUUAACAGCAGAAGAGAAGAACAAAGGCAAGCCAGUUCCUAUAUUCUCGUACUCUCGCUCAACUUGCAGAAACUUCCAGUUCCCAGAGGCCUACGAACACUUCUUUGCAUCCUCCUCAUCUGACGAUUCAUCCGGGGAAUCUGACGAAGAGGAAAACUACCGACCAGUGAAGGUGGUGACCAGGUUCAGCCGUAAACUAGACUCCAGGCAGAUCACCACUGAUGUGUACGAGAAUUUCUUCACGGACAGCGACAUCGCAGAGAAUCUCUUCUCUCUGAGUUCACUCUCCUUCAGGAAGGUUAGCUUCACAGCUCCUGCAGCCCAGGAGGAGAGGACAGACUUGCUUGAGCCCGUGAGGCAAAACUCCAGUCAUCAGUUUCAGAAGAUUGGUUUUCCUGUCAACACGCUGGGCAGCCCAGAUGUGACGUUUCCCGACCCACUGCUUUACCACCUGGAGGAAAGGAUCUCCAGACAGCUUGCACUGCAGCCGUGCAGAUACGAGGGGUUGGAGGUGGCUGUUUCUGAUCCAAAGUUAGAUGCCCCCUUCCUGCCUCUGAAACAGUCGGAUAUGUGCUUGGUGUGUAUUGCGUUUGCUUCAUGGGUACUGAAGACUGCUAAUCCUGGAACUGGUGACGCCUGGAAGGCCGCCCUCCUGGCCAACAUGAGUGCCCUGUCUGCCAUCAGAUACCUGCGUAAGUACGUCAAAGUGGAGCCUGCAACCAGUGAGACGAGGACCCGCUGUCCUGCCUUAGAGUCUUGAUCUUUCUCCAUCUAAACGAUUUUCUAUUUUCUCUAAGUCUCUUUGAGCCUUCAAAGGACAUCAGUCUUUAGAAGAAACAAGAGUUUCAUUGACCUCUCCAGACAUUCAUAUUCAGCUUCAGAUUGUUUUCAUUUUUGUUAAACUUUUUCAAUUCUUCGUCCCUUAAAACGUGAGAGCCUUCAUGUGAGGUUUAAAAUGACCAAAGGUAAGAAAAGAAGGUUUGAGAAAUUUGUAAAUAAAGACGGGAGACGAGCAGCAGGUUUUCUCUGAGCUGGACAGACUUGAGGUGACAUGACAAAUGAAUGUGUGAUGAUUAAAUGUGAAUUUGAGGCACUUAAACAUUUCAGGGGGACGACUUUUACUGGGAAUUUUAUGUAUCAGAUGCUUUUAUUCCAGUAUGUAAAAUAUUCUUAUCACCAAUUCCUUGUCGAGUUUGAAGAAGCAGGGUUCAAUGUUACAUUAAACAUGGUAGAAAAGAAUGUUUUAUUUUAGGAACAAAAAUUUGUGCCAGUAUCAGUCAUGCAAUAAAUUACUUGAAGGGCAUUUUGUUCCUAGUGGAUCAUCUGUAAAGUCCUGAGGGAUGUUUUAUUGCUGUGUGUGUCACACUGAGCCGCUGGUUUAUUUAACAGAAGAAGAAAAAGUUUCUCUGAUCUGGGUUCUGGUUCUUGUUAAAGAAAUACUCAGACAUGUGGCGGCUCAAACACUCAGGGGCGACUCCUCACUUCUCAAGUCAUUUCUUUUGAUGAAUUCAGAUCGUGAAACAAACAUAAGUAUUAGAAAUAAAAAAUAACAUUAGUAAUUACAAAAAGCUAUUUUUAAGUUAUAAUUUAAUUAACAAAUUAUACAAAAGCCCUCCAACUCAGCCUGGCCUUGCAUGGAAAACUUGUGAUUGUUAUUCUUGGCUUUUCUGUGACCUGGAUGGUUGUACUCCUGAAGAAACUUCAGUCAGCUAUGAAAUGAUUCUCACUGUGGCUCAUCGUAGUAACAAAGCAUUAGGAAUGGCCUUGUAACACUUUCUAGACUGACCAAUAUCAGUGAUUUAUUCAUUUAUUUUUUAUUUUUUGCCUUCUGUUCUUGUAUUUCUUUAAAUCAGGACAUGAUGUGUUUCUUUUUUUAGAUGUUUUACCCUACUUCAUGUUGUCAAAAAGGUUCUUGUCAAGAACAGCAGUGAAAACAUGACAUGUAGUCAUCUUUUCAC